AUGUUGGUCAAGACGUUGGCUCUUGGGAGCGGACUGAUCGCGGCCUCCCUCCCAGCUGCUUUGGCCUGCGGCGAUGGUUGCUACGGACCCCUCAACAAUGUGGAAUAUGUUCGCCAAGUGAAGCGGAUGCAGCCCGGCGCGCCAAAUGCCCUUUACGGGCCUAAAAAGCCUCUUGAAUGGGGUCAGCUCAACUUUCUGCACACUACCGAUACCCACGGCUGGCUGGAAGGUCAUUUGAAGGAGCAAAACUAUGGCGCUGACUGGGGCGAUUUCGUCACCUUCAGCCGUCGCAUGAAGCAAACUGCCGGAAACCUGGGCGUCGACCUGCUUCUCAUCGACACGGGCGAUCUUCACGAUGGCACCGGCCUGUCGGACGCCAUUACGCCGGAUGGGACCAAAUCCAUGCCCAUCUUUAACGAGAUUGACUAUGACCUGCUUACUAUCGGCAAUCACGAGUUGUACGUCACGGAGGUCGCAUAUCAAAUGUUCAACGAAUACGCCAAGAAGUGGGGAGACCGAUACGUCACCUCCAAUGUCAAGGUCCUGAAUCAAAAGACUGGCCAAUAUGAGUAUGUCGGCGCCACGCACCGAUACUUUAAGACGCACAAGGGAUUGCGUAUCAUGGCAUUCGGUGUGCUCUUUGACUUUAAAGGCAACUCCAAUGCCUCGCGCAUCAUCCAAGCCAAGGACAUGAUCCAGGAACAGUGGUUCACCGACGCUCUCGCCUCCAAAAAGCCAGUCGACUUGUUCAUUCUCUUUGGGCACAACCCCGUCCGCCCUACCGACAAGUACAGCACGUUCAAGACUGUCUUUGACGCCAUCCGUGCCGCUCAUCCCAAGACGCCCAUUCAGCUACUUGGCGGGCACACGCACAUUCGCGACUUUGCCGUCUACGACGACAACGCCGUGGGCAUCGAGUCUGGUCGCUACUGCGAGACUCUUGGAUGGAUGUCCAUGUCGGGAUUUGAUUCCACCAACAGCAGAUACAAGGGCGUCAGGAAACCGCAUGGGGUUCCGAACCCAACCAGACCUGCCAAGCCAGGCGCCCUGUCUCCCUUUGUCUAUUCCCGACGCUACAUGGACUGGAACCGCAAGACCUUCAUCUACCACACCAAGAAGACGGAAUCUACGUACGACUACCACUCCGGACUGCGAGUAACGGGCAAGAUUACCAAGGUUCGCGAGCAGCUGAAACUGGGGCGAGUGUACGGCUGCGCCCCUCAGCACUACUGCAUAGCCUGCGCACCUUUUACGGACAAGAGCAACAUUUUCCCCGGCGUCAUUUACCCUGCCGUGUCGGCCGUGGUUGUCAACGAGACCCGCAAGGACAAGUCGCGCAUCAUCCUCGGUAACACGGGCGCCAUUCGAUUCGACGUGCAGAAGGGCCCCUUCACCUUUGACGACAACUUUAUCGUGGCUCCGUUCAGGGAUGUGUUUCUCUACGUUGCCGACGUCCCCUUUGACAAGGCUUCACAGCUCAUCAAUCAACUCAACCAGGGCGCCGUAGCAAAACGCUACGUCUCCAUGAGCACCCCGGAUGACGAGUGCACGAAUCCAACCCUGGGAUACAUGAACUCUGGUGACGCGCGGGAGUCGCGUGACAUGCACGAGUCUCGUGGAGUCGUGCGCCGCCAGCAAGUGGUUACUCCCGGUUAUACAACCAAGGACGAUUGGGGAACUGAUGGCGACGACACCGAGCACUCCAAAAUCCCCGAUUACGCCAUCCCAGGCUACUGGGAAGCCAGGGCUUCGUUUCCCCAGGAUGGCGGCAAUCCCGACAAAGUCGACCUCAUCUUUUUCGACUUCAUCCAAAAAUACAUUCUGCAAAACUUGGGGUCCGGGUACACGGCUGACAUGGUGCACCCGUACAUCAACAGCACCUUUACGUCCCAGGACUUUAUGCUGCCGUACGCCAAGAUGGCUUGGCAGAAGAACGUUGACAAGUGCCCGGUUUAG